CGCGUUCGGGCGUUGCAAGAUUCAGACCUUUGUCCUGUGUGCUCAACAUUUUAUGCGGCCAACGACAGUCACUGUACAAGAAAACAAGUUAUAUAGCCUGGAGCACAAACAACAAGUGUCACUCAAGAAAACGUGUUUAAAGUUACGUAAAAAUGGCUUCAGCGGAACUGCCCCCAACUUUUGUACCUGGCUUCCACGAUGAGAAUGACAUACGUGGAACUAAAUAUUGCCAACUUGGUCAAACAGACAUGAUUGUUUCAAACAUGACUUUCGGUUGUUCAGCACUUGGAAGCGUGUACAGACCAACUAAUGAAGCUGAAUCAUGCGCCGUAACUGAAGCUGCCAUCAAGAGUGGGAUCAACAUGAUAGAUACAGCUCCAUGGUACGGGCAUGGUAAAAGUGAAGCUGUGCUUGGCAAGAUCCUUCCCAAGCUUCCACGUAAAUCCUAUUACUUGAACACUAAAGUUGGUCGUUAUGAAGCAGACUACGCUCAUAUGUUCAACUUCUCAGCUGAGCGUGUGAUGCGUUCCGUGGAUGAGAGUUUGCAGAGAUUGGGAGCUGAAUAUAUUGAUGUUAUACAGAUCCACGACAUGGAGUUCGCGCCUUCACUCGAUAUUAUCGUGAACGAGACGUUACCUGCGUUACAAAAACUCAAAGACUCGGGGAAAGUGAAAUACAUUGGCAUCACUGGAUACCCAUUGGAAAACUUUAGGGAAGUUAUCGAAAGAUCUUCAGUUAAAGUUGACACCGUUCUCACGUAUUGCCAUGGUUCUAUGAAUGAUAAUUCGCUACAAGAGUUUCUACCAUAUUUGAAAUCGAAAGGUGUUGGUAUCAUCAAUGCUUCACUUUUAUCCAUGGGUCUCCUAACUAACAGAGGGCCUUCGGAUUGGCAUCCCGCCUCCAAGGAGAUUCGUGAAACUUGCAAGAAUGCUGCGGCUUAUUGCCAGAGCAAGCAAGUUGAUAUCUCAAGAAUUGCGACGCAUUUUUCGAUGAUACAACCUGGUAUUCAUACAACACUUAUCAGCACUGCCAGCGCCAAGAACCUUCAAACCAACAUUGAUGUUUUGAAACAUGGAAUAAAUAAUCAUGAAAAACAAGUUAUGGAAGAAACUAUGGAAAAGUUUUUCUUGCCCAUGAAAGAUACGACAUGGCAUGGCGUGGAAGUGGCAGCUUACUGGAAAGGAUUACAAGAAGCCAAAAUGUAAAUACAACAGGUUGCAACAAUUUAAACCAAAAUUAUUUGAAAUAUUACAUAACAUCCCAAUUUGGAAAAAUUUUUAUAUUUGAAAAGUUAUUUUCUGUUCAAAUUUGGAAAAUAUGUUUUAUAUAUCUAUAAAUGUAAAGCAUUUUAAACAGGAUGUACUAAAAUGGUAAUAUUUGGGUGCCCAAUUAUUUUGCUAACCUAAUUAAUCGUUGAAAUUUCUUUUGUUUUUGCUUGUAAAGACGCUUGUCGCUUAUAAUCAAGGUAUUCUCUAUUCAAAUUUUUAUCUUCUAAUUUCUCGACCUCUUGAAUUGCAACCGUGUUUUCUCCAAUUCUUUCAACAUAACUUUAUGGUGUAAAUAAUAAGCACUUACGAGAUUUUUUUAAUUUAUUUAAAUUAUUUAUAUUUUAGAACCAUAGUACAUUUUAAAAGCAGUUUUCCCUUAUGUACAGUGCAAUACUUUAAAUUUGGUAUUUUAAAAUACUUUGUUUAAAAUUUCUCACUAAAUCCGAUUAUUGUUUGAUUUUCUUUGUUGGUGUUCAAUGAAUGCACUGUUAUGUAGAGUUAAUGUAGAAUAGGGUUUAGUUUUACUUUGAUUUUAAAUAUUUUUUUCACUUUGUGUUGUUUUUGUAGUGUGGGGUAAGAAGGGACAUCUUUUUAUUCUGGUUUUUCGUCCUAAUAAAUAGUAAACAAAAAACGUUCAAAGAAUUGUAAAACUGUAUUGCUAUAACUUCCACAGACCCUUGUUAAUUGUUUAAAACACGAUCAGGAUAUUUAAAUAUUAUUUGAUAAAGGUGUCCCAUCUUCCCCAACCCUACUAUAAAUGUGUGUGUUUCGAUUUUGCCAAGAGCAAUGAAAAUAUAUUAUUCCAGGCCAAGAUUUAGUGAUCUUUUUAAGCAACAUUAAAUGUUAGAGAAAUAUAUUAAAUAUAAACGAGUUACCUAACA